AUGGACGAUCCAGCAUCCCGUAUCCCCGGGCAGUUGAUCCCACACAUGCACCUUGUCUCGCGGAAUCGCUACCCUAACAUGCACAUGAUGCCGACCGAGACGGCGGUGGAAUACCUGCUGAGCGCGCCCCGGAUCUGCCAGUCGCAACCCAUGCAUUGGACCUUCCUGGACGGCCCACAGGAUGGUACUGUGAUGAUGACUUGGCAGCCUCUUGCGCAUCUGGGCAACAACUUCGCCAGCGACGGUUAUAUCUGGGCCGAUGCGGAGCAGGCUUUCACCUUUGAAUCCCGAGGAUAUAUGGUGGAGAUGUUCCUCCACCGCAGCGGUUACCACCCUCCGAACGAAAACGUGGCCAGCCACUGCCGCAAGCGCUAUCGCAUUGUCUCCUCCAAAAUUCCAAAUGCUCCCCAGCCCGACCCGUCCUUGUGGAUUGUCCACUAUUCCCGCGCACCUCAGCAAGAUCACAUCGCUGCGACUCGCAUUCCGGUUACGCCCCAAGUGCAGAAUAUGUUGGCUCAGCGACGCUACCUGCAGAGCCAGGGCCAGCUUGCUCGCAAAGAAUUCCUCCUUCACGACCGGAAUAAUUGGCCAACUAUCAAUUUUCCACCCCAGAUGGCUCCUCAGGGCUUUUCCCAACCUCAGGCCGCCUAUCAGAGUACGCAACAGGGACGGCCUGGUUUCUACCCGCCCCAGGCUCACGCAGGCGCAGUGCCGCCUCCGGCAGCCCAGAGUAAAGCGCAACGCCCACACCGGGCCUCAUCAACAGCGAUGGCCGCGGCCGCGGCCGACUUUGCCCUCGAGGAUGAAGAUGUAUCGAGCGGUGAUGUGAUGGAUCUUUUGACUCCGCGCGAGGUCAGCAAGAUGCGAUAUGUGCAGCACCACGGGUGGAUGGAAGAAAUAUUCGCAUCCCCGUAUGCCAUCUCACAGAUUACACCCGUCUCUCUUGGCCUUGGCCGCAAGGGGGAGCUAGAAUCGCUGACAUCCGGGUUCUUUGAUGCACCGGCGGGCGGCGAAGGCCAGGCGGCCGACGCUCCGGAUGCCACCAAGCUAGAACCCGCCAAGGCAGAGGAGUUUGCGGACCGUGUCGCAAAAAGGGUUGCUGAUAUGACUGCUGAGAUUGAAAAGCUGAAGAAGCAACAUGCCCGCCGGAUGGAACGCUUUAACCGCAGCUCACUCUUCAAGGACGCAGAGCUGCGUCUUCGUGAUGCUGCUGCAGACCCAACCGAAAGUGGCACGGAGGUGUGGCGAUUGGAGGGCCGGAUCAUUAUUCCCAACGAGGAGGGCGAAACCCCGCAGCUGGACUACCUGGAAGAGAAGGCCAAGUACAAGGUUGACGAUGUGGUUCGUGAUGUGGAGGCUGCCUGGAAGAAGCAGAUUAUGCCCGAGCCCAAGGUUUCGUGCGUGGAGAAAGGUGGCUUGCUGGAGAAGAUCGAACCGGAACAGAAAGAUCAGCCCGAGUCGUUCACAAAUGACAUGGUGAUCGACCAGGCCGGCUCUCACCUCCUGCACCAGUUCGGGCGGCCUGCUGUGAACGCCAAUGGAGUAGCAUCUGCACAGCCCAUCCCCGGCACCGAGAUCUCCGGUGACGUGGAUAUGGAUCUGGGCGAUCAACUCGCUGGUGGCGGUCAUGCUGCCGAACAUGGUGACUGGGUGAUGGUCAAUAAUGACAACAAGGCUGCAAAUGUGGCCGCCGGCGCCGGCGACGCCAAUCUCGACUGCACCAACUUCGACGACUUCACCAACAUCGACAGCGCCGGCGACGCGCUAGCCGCAUACACCGAGCAAAAUGACGGCCUCGACUUGCCCGACCUGGACAACUCCGCGUUCGGCGAUGCCUUCCAUGCCUCGGAUAACGAGCACUCGCACCACCCGGACGCGGACGAGAUGUCCUAG